AUGGCGGAAGUGGCGGCGCAGCGCGCCGUCGGCGUCCCAGCAGGGGGCGGCGAUGAGCAGGCGAACCUUGCGGCGGCGGCGGCGGCAAUGCGGGGGCGCGCCCGCGGCGAGGUGGACACGUCGUCGCCGUUCCAGUCCGUGCGCCAGGCCGUCGACCUGUUCGGCGGCGGGGCGGCCGCCGUCUCCCAGUGGCGGCACCCGCAGGCGCUGCCGCCCGUCCACCUCCGCCCAGAGGAAGAAGAACUUAUGAAAGUUGAGGAACAAACAGUGAAGCUGGAGAUGGAACUUUUUGUUAAGGAAAAGGAAACAUUUAAGGUCUUGAAAGAACUACAGGAAACAAAGCAGGUUAUAGAUGGCUUGAAAGUACAAAUAGAGAAGGUAACAGCAGAGGACACAAAUGCUGCAAAAGGCCAUGCUGAUACAUGGAUAGUACAUCCACUUCCUGCUGUCGAACAAAAAUCCAGUAGCCAUACCGAGCCACCAAUCCAGAGCACAAAAGGUACACAGUCCCCACUCACCACGUUGAUCAAGCUGAAUCAGGCAAAAGCAUUCCUUAACACGGAUACUGUCAACAUGUUAAAGAGCCAGAUAGAGAAGGAGAAAGGGUCACUUGAGAAAACCCGUGAAAGGUUACAAUUCAACCUGGGGAAGGCUUCAUCAUUAGAAGCAGAUUUGACCAAAACUGUUGCUCAGCUGCAAGCAGUAAAAGCGCCACAACCUGUCCUUGAGCCUUCUGAAAUCUGGUUGCAGAUGAAGCACUUGAAUGCUGAGAAAGCGAAGCACAAGAAGGUGUCAGAGGAUUUGAGAAACGAGAUUUGUGAAUUGACAGCUGCAAUCGAGCACACAAGGUCUAAGAAAAAGACUCUGCAGUUCAGAAUCGUCAUGGCGGAGAAACUGAAGGAAGCUUCCCAACGUGGAGAAUCUAUUGCUCUUGCAGAGAUGAAAAAACUGAGCAACGGGCGGGACCUGAACGCCACCACUUCUGAUGUCACACUCUCUGUUGAGGAGUACUCUACGUUUGUGCUCAAAGCACAAGAAGCAGAUGGUGCCACUAGGAAGAAAAUUGACGCAGCAAUGCAAGAGCUCGAUCAAGCAAACCAGUGUAAGCUAGAACUCUUGGAAAGAGUGGAGGAAGCAAUGGCAGCUGUCGAGACGAGCAGGAAGGCUCUGGAGGAGGCGCAGAAGAGGGAGGAAUCUGAAAACAAAGCCAAGCUUGCAGCUGAAGAGACGCACCGAAAACUGCGGUCAGACCAAAUAAUCCAGAACUGGCGCCCGAUCAACAACAGUUCUGUAAAAUUCAAGAACACGGCACUGGCACCACCCCGGAGAGCAGCAGGCUCUGGGAUAUAUGAUGUGAACGGCCUGAGCCUGGUGACCACGGGCCCAAACAACGUGAAGACGGUGUCCAUCGGACAGAUCCUGAGCAUGAAGCUGGACCGCGAGCUUGAAAUGGCAAAGACCACGAACACGAGGAAGAAGGUUUCUCUCGGGCAGAUCCUGAGCCAGAAGUACGAAAUGUUCUCCCCGUUGCGGAUAGACCACGACUGCGGUUCGCGCAAACAGUUCCAGCCGAGGAGGAAGAGAAUGGGGUUCGUCGUGUAUGCGCUGCUGCUCGCAAAGCAGAGGCACAGGAGGAGGAAGGCCUGCACUCAUGGUGGCUUCAGCUAG